UAAUCAAGAAUCAUAGUAUUAUUGAUUCUCCGAAACCCUCUUGCUCUUUUCUAGCAUCACCACCAUGAAAACACUUUCUUGCACACCAUUUCUAUGGCUAUUCAUUCUGUAAGAACUUCCCUUUUGGUCCUUUUCCUUGUUGCCCUUUUGCCAUUCAUUUAUUCACUUUCCACCGUUGCAAUAUCUGAAACUGCUAAUCAAACGUUAGUAUGUGCAAUAUCACGGUCUGUUGGUUAUAACCAACAACCAUCUUCAUUUCUCAACUGCACCAGUUUUCCUCAGGGAGUUCAAGUUCCACUCAGUCCUCAACUUCCAUCAGUUUCCGGAGUUGUGGGUGGAAAUGGUUUUGUCUGUGCCUUGAGCUCAUUCCAUCCUUCUUCCAUGUCUGUGAUGGUUUGCUGGAGAUUUUCAACUGUUGGCAGCAACAUGAGUUACAAAAGAAUUUAUAUCGGUCCAGUUUUGACAGAGUUAGACUCUGGAAAUUCCCGUAUUUGUGGUCUAGUCAAUCGCUCAAACUCCCUCCAAUGCUGGCCACGGCAAGACUUCAACUACACUGCUAACAGUUUCUCUUCAAGUCCUUCUGUGGGAGAGAAUUUUGUCUGCGGCUUGACCGCAUCAGGUGAAGUCCAGUGUUUAGGAAGUGAUAGUAAUGUCACUGAUCAUGUUCCUAGGGGAAAUUUUAGUUGGGUCGCAGCUGGUUUUCACCAUGCCUGCGCCGUUUCCGUUGGUUGUAGUCUUGAGUGUUGGGGCCAUAUGGCUGGGGAAAAGCCUCAGGGUGAGUUCACAUCACUUGCAUUGGGGGAGAAUCGGAGCUGUGCCUUGAGGCCUAAUGGAACAGUGAUUUGCUGGGGAGAGAAUGGAUUUAGUUUGCCUGAAUCAUUGAGGGAUGAGUAUUUUAUUGCCCUUGAAGCGAAAAGGAGGAUUUUUUGCGGUGUUGUGAUGGAAAACUCUUCGUUGUUUUGCUGGGGCAAUGAGGAUUUUGAUUCAAAUCCGUUGGUAUUCAAUGAUGUAGUUCCGGGUCCUUGUAGAACUAGAAAUGAGUGUCCUUGUGGGCCUUUAUAUAACUUUGGUGAAUAUUGUGCUCAAGGGCUAAUGAUAUGUCAACCUUGUAAUAGGCAGACAAGUCUACCCCCAGCACCACAACCACUAUUGCCGCCACAAAUGGUGCCACCAGCGCCAUCCUCAACAAGUAGCAAAAAAUGGACUAGCAAAAUGGUGGCCUUUAUGGUGGUAGGUUGUGUGGGAUCUUUCUCGUUAUUAGUCUUCUGUAUCCUUUUGUUUUCAAGGUAUUUCAAGAUCCGCGGCAGCAGGAUUCAUGAUUCGGGCCGCUUGGAAGAGGGAGGCUCGUCGCCUCAACAGAGUGACCAAACAGGUCAACCUCAACCACAACCUCAACCAACACCACCAGUCUUGGAAAAGAAGCUCAGCCAUUUGAUUAGCAUGGGUAAUGGUGGUCACUUAGAGGAAUUUUCCCUGGAAGUAUUACUUAAAGCCACAGACAACUUCUCAGAGGAGCACAAGAUUGGCACUGGCAGCUUUGGAUCAGUUUAUCAUGCUAUAUUGGAUGACGGCCGCAACGUGGCAAUCAAGAGAGCUGAAGCUUCAGCCUCUUCAUCUAAUGCAGGCGCCACCAAACGCGGCCAAGAGGACCAGGACAGUGCAUUCUUGAAUGAGCUUGAGUUUUUAUCACGCGUAAAUCACAAGAAUCUUGUUAGAUUGUUGGGCUAUUGUGAGGACUGCAACGAGCGUGUGCUCAUCUAUGAGUACAUGGACAACGGCACCCUUUUUGAUCAUCUCCACAAGUUACAAAGUUCUCCUCUAAUGUCAUGGGCUACAAGAAUAAAGGUAGCCCUUGAUGCAGCCAGAGGGAUCGAAUACCUCCAUGAGUACGCUGUGCCACGUGUCAUACACCGGGACAUCAAGUCAUCCAACAUACUACUCGACGCCACAUGGUCAGCCAAGGUAUCGGACUUUGGCCUCUCGUUGAUGGGCCCACAAGACGACAAGUCCCACCUCUCAUUACGUGCUGCAGGCACCAUGGGGUACAUGGAUCCGGAGUACUAUAGAUUGCAGAUAUUGACAACCAAGAGUGAUGUUUAUAGUUUCGGGAUAGUAUUGCUGGAAUUGCUAUCAGGGUGCAAGGCAAUUCACAAGAAUGAGAAUGGUGUGCCAAGAAAUGUGGUGGAUUAUGUUGUCCCAUAUAUCAUACAGGAUGAAAUUCAUAGGGUUUUGGACCCAAGAGUGCCACCUCCGACCCCAUUUGAGAUCGAGGCAGUGGCCUACGUAGGCUAUCUAGCCGCAGACUGUGUAAUGCCGGAAGGUCGAGAUAGGCCAACAAUGUGCGAAGUUGUAGAUAGCUUAGAUAGAGCAUUGGAGGCGUGUUUGGCGGUUCCGGUGUUGUCCCGUUCCACCACUACUUCAUCAACGUAGUUAUCAUUAUUAUUUUUAUUUUUAAACGGAGUUACAUAGAUGGCAAUAGGGUUAAAACUUUAAAGGAAUCAGAUCGAAGGGUCUAAAUAAGACAAUUGUACAUAGAUGCUAAUGCCUAGAGAAACAGUGUGGAUACAACAUUUUUUGAGCCAGACAAUGUACCAGAUUCUUCAAUGGUUGUAACAAUUUUACGUGAAGUAAUGGAGUAUGUAAAUGUGACAUUGUACCUACUGCAAAUAA